CCCCGCUGCCCGCCCGCGGCCCCGCAGCGCCCCCGGCGGCGGCGAGCCCGGCCCCGGCCCCGGCCCCGGCGGCGGUUGCGCAGGCGCGGCCGUGCCGGAGAGUUUGGGACGCGCCGGGAAGUUGGGGCUGGGUGUGCCGCCGCCGCUCCCACCAUGUCGGGCUCCUCCAACGUGGCGGCCAUGAAGAAGGUGGUGCAGCAGCUGCGCCUGGAGGCCAGCGUGACUCGCGUGAAGGUUUCCCAGGCUGCAGCAGACUUGAAGCAAUUCUGCCUGCAGAAUGCACAACACGAUCCCCUACUGACAGGAGUAUCAUCAAGUACAAACCCAUUCAGACCCCAGAAAGUUUGUUCAUUUUUGUAAUUAUGUGAACUACUUCGGUUAUCUUUCAGUGAUCUUCUAGCAUCUUUUCCUAGCUGCUGAUGUGUGUAUGGGCAGAGUGCCUCAAGGAGUGGCCUGGUUUGAAGUCUGUACAAAAGCUUAGCUUUCAUGUGCCAAAUCUAAUUGUAAAAUUGCUACUGUCGUCAAACCUCUUACCAUCUACCUCUCCAAAUGAACUGUAUGCUAGUUACAAUACUUCUGUUUCAUAAGGGAAUCAGUUUUUUAUGCCAAGCGAAAAAUAAAAGUGUCUUGACUUA